AUGAAAGAAGGGGUAAUUGAAAGGUAUAAAGAAUUUAUAGGCGACAAUGUGCUGUUUCAAAUACUUUUGGGAAACAAAAAGUCCACCCGAAGAACGGUCAAGAAGCUGAAGACAGACAAAAGCCAGUCUCGCAUCCUGAAAGAAGACGACGGCUUUGACAUGGACGACUCGGAGGCAUUUAUGUAUACGCAGUCGCCCCCGUAUAUAACAGGAACGCUCAGAAACUACCAAAUAGAGGGGCUGAACUGGCUUAUAAACAUGUACGAGAAAAAGAUCAAUUGCAUUCUGGCAGACGAAAUGGGGCUGGGGAAGACUCUGCAGACAAUUUCUUUGCUGGGCUAUCUGUACUCCUCAAAGAAGAACAAGCUCCCGAAUCUGCUUAUAGUUCCAAAGUCCACGCUGCAGAACUGGAAAAACGAGUUUAAGAAGUUUAUGCCAAAUGUCAAAACCAUCAUAUUCCACUGCAGCAAGAAAGACAUCCGCACAAAGGCCAAAGAGCUUCAGGAGCUCGACUACAUUGCAUGCAUAACAACAUACGAAAUGUGUCUGUCGGGGAAGUCGCAGCUGCAAACUGUCGAGUGGCAGUACAUUGUCAUAGACGAGGCGCACAGAAUUAAAAACGAGCAGACGGUUCUUAGCAAAGUGGUCCGGGUUAUUCCUUGCUCGCACAGGCUUCUUCUUACGGGAACGCCCCUGCAGAACAACAUACACGAGCUGUGGGCUUUGCUGAACUUUCUGGCCCCGGAGGUCUUCUCAGACGGGGAGGGCUUUGAUGCGUGGGUGGAGUCGGCGUCCAGCGACUCGGAAAAUGAAACAGUUGACAAGCUCCGAAACUUGCUGAGUCUGUUCAUUCUUAGGAGAGAAAAGGCGGACGUGGAGAAGUCCCUCCUUCCAAAGAAAAUCAUAAACCUAUACUCUCCGCUCACGGAGAUGCAGAGAAAGUGGUACAAAAUGAUUUUGGAGAAAGACGCCGAAAAUGUUGUAAACGAAGGCUCGAAGAUGCAGCUGAUGAACAUUGUGUGCCAGCUCAGGAAGUGCUGCAACCAUCCGUACCUGUUUGACGGGGCAGAGCCCGGCCCUCCAUACACCACGGGAGAGCACAUGAUAGAAAACAGCGGAAAAAUGGUGAUGCUGGACAAGCUGCUGGUAAACUUAAAGCAGAAGGGCAGCCGAGUCCUGAUAUUCAGCCAGAUGACGCGCAUGCUAGACAUACUUGAGGACUACUGCGGCUUCAGGCAGUACGCGUACUGCAGGAUAGACGGCAGCACGGCAACAGAAGACAGGUGCCAGGCCAUUGAAGAGUUCAACAAGCCCAACAGCGAGGCGUUUAUAUUCCUUCUGAGCACGCGCGCAGGGGGACUUGGUAUAAACCUGGCAACAGCAGACGUGGUGAUAGUCUACGACAACGACUGGAACCCGCAGAUGGACUUGCAGGCCCAGGACAGAGCCCACCGAAUAGGCCAGAAGAAACAGGUUUUUGUCUUUAACUUUCUAACAGAAAACACAAUUGAAGAAAAAAUACUGGAGAGGGCGCUGAAAAAGCUGAAGCUCGACGAAAUAAUUGUCCAAAAUGGAAAAAAGAAAAACAAUGCAAUUUCUCAGAACGAGCUGCUGGGAAUACUUGCAAGCGGGGUCGACAACGUGUUCGACUCCGACAACAAGAUAGACAGGACAAUUGAGGAGACCAUUCGGAUAGGAAUGGAGAAAACUGACCAAAUGAACACGCGGGUGGGCGAGCAGGACGUUCUGAAGGACCUGACAAACAACGAAAUAAAGGCAUACGAGUGGGAGGGCGAGGACUACAGCGCAAAGAAUGCGAAGAUGAAGCUUGCAAAGUACAUAGUCGUCCCAGAAGGCGGGAGGACCAGAGGAAUUGCGCAGGGAAUACUUGCAAAGAGGAAGGCUAUUGGAAUUCGGCAGUACAACCUUCCCGAGCACCAGUUCCACCCGCAGAGGCUGCAUCUGCUGCAGAAGAAGGAAAUGGAGGAGUUCCAGGCGAACGGCAGCACAGAAAGUCUGCUGACCGCAGAGGAGCAGGAAGAAAAGAAGGCGCUUUUCGAGCAAGGCUUCAACAACUGGACAAAGAGAGACUUCUGGGCGUACAUAAAAGCGUGCGAGAGGUACGGGAGAGACGACUUGGAGAAAAUCUCAAACGACCUCUCAGACAAGACGCGGGAGGAGGUUGCGAAGUACGGAGAAGUGUUCUGGGCGAGAAUUAAAGAGCUCCCGGACGCAGAAAAGAUACAAACACAGAUCCAACGGGGGGAGAGCAGGAUUGUAAGAACCCAGAGGAUAAAGGAUUAUCUAAACGAAAAAAUCACGAAGGAAGGCGAAAACUUCAGAGUUCCAUACCCAGGAAACAACAAGUCCAUAGGCUUUACAGAAGAAGCGGACAGGUUCAUCCUGCUUAUGCUCAACAAGAAAAUGGGAACGCCCGGAUGCUAUGACGACCUAUGGCAUAGGAUACGCGAGACAGAAGAGUUUGCGUUUGACUACUAUCUGAAAGUGCGCACGCCGCACGACCUGCAGAAAAGGGCGCAGUUUCUGUUUACAGGCCUGCUCAAGGACAAGAAAGGAAGCGUGCAGGCGGAUCUGUAG